UUAAUGUUGAAUUGUAAAUAAAAACAAAAAUAAAAUCAUUGACAAUUUAUUUUACACUGCAACGUCCUGUUUCACAUGAAACCCAUUAACAUGAUAUCGAGCUUUUGAAUGAAAAGUGUAUUUUUGUACUUUUUUCCGUCCGGGCUAAAUAGGAGUUUCCGAAUAGAUAAUAUUUAAGAACAUGCAAAGUCGUAUUAAAUUUAUUUGUUAUCAGCAAAAUAAUUUGAAUGACAUCAAUGGCAGACGUGAAGUCUUCUUCAUGGACAUGCGUCUCAGAGGGAGACAAGGUAGCGGUAUUUGAUGACGUUUCUCUGGUGCUCAUGACGCCAUCUCCAGAAGAAGUCCUGAAGAAUGGUGAAAGGGAAGAUGAUUCAGCAGACGGAGUAAUUUUCAGGGGUUGUAAUGAUCACAGGCAGAAUUUGACUUUCCGGAAUAGUAGUAGUUGGUUUCGCAUUGAAUCUGCCAAAAAUCCGAUGAACGGAGAAGAUGUAUAUCACGUGGUUAAAGACGUUUGUGGCAUGGCGAGCAAAGAAUUAAGAAUUAAUGAUAGACUGGUUUGUCUUAAUGACGAAAACACGAGGGUUAAAUCGUUACAAGAUGUGGAACUUAUGUGGGAGCUGCUAAAGAAGUCUCCAGCAAUCAAGAUGGGAAUUUGGAGAUGGAUGUAUAAUGAUACUGGCCCUCAGAUAUACGAAGUCAAGAUUGCAUUUUACAACAGUCAAAAUCCGGGAUCCAGCAAAGAGUUAUCUUCCUUAUAUCUAGUUAGAAAAUCUUCACGAAAAGUGAAAAACCUAAAAUGGAAAAGUUAUUUCAAACCAUUUUGUUUAAGAAUUGUCUGCAAAACUGGAACAUAUGUUUCGGCUAACGUUGAAGAUUUGAAUUUACGUGGAAAUACAGUUAAUCCACCAAAGAAUAGAUAUCGCUUUUUGUUACGAUUCUUUAAGUGCAUGGUCCAAAAUGAAGAUGGCAAUAUGAACAUGAGGAGUGGCUUUGUUGGAAAAUUUAAUAUAAAUGGCAAGUGCUACGACAUUUCUUCAGCUAUAUCAGAAUUAUCAUCGACUGUUAUGCUAAGGCCCCACGCGACUUUUAAUCUUUCAAAUCCGGAUGAGCGUUUUUUCCUGACGUACAAAUUAGAGAAAGAUGACGACGUGUUUGAAUCUUUACUCUAUGAGAAUAUGUUCAUGAAGUUUAACAUUGAGACCGAAACAAUUAUAAUGCACAAGCGCCAAGAGCGGAACCCGUUCUUCUUGUUUCAAAGAUUCGUGGAUCGUUGUCAGGUCUUACCAACGGUGGACAUACACGCUAUGCGUACAUUCUCAUUUGUACCAUUAGAUGAUGUUGAAGGCGAUGAUUCUAACGACGACAACCUCGAUGGCGACAGUGACGAUAAUGUUAAAGAUUCUUUCUAUGAUUCUUAAAAACAAUAUUUGAAUAAAACACACACUUAAUUUGGAUCAGACAGGGUCUCCCAAAUAAUCUUCUGAUGCGGAGCAUUUCUUUUGCAUUAUUUGCACUUUUGUCUAAAUCCCUUUUCUUUGUGUGAACUUUAUCAACACCUUACACAACUGUAAAAUAUUAAAAUGACGGCCCGUAAAUUUUU